AUGAUCCAUAGACAGUAUGGAAAACACAUCAAGAUUGUAAGGAGCGACAAUGGAACAGAAUUCACUUGUCUCACUUCAGAAUUUCGUGAACAAGGGAUUGUUCAUCAAACAAGUUGUGUAGGAACGCCACAGCAGAAUGGGAGAGUAGAAAGAAAACAUAGACACAUUUUAAAUGUGGCAAGAGCUUUGUUGUUUCAGUCUUCAUUUUCAACAAAGUUUUGGGGAGAAAGUGUGUUAACUGCGGUCUAUUUAAUAAAUAGAACACCGAGUCGUCUAUUGGGAGGAAAGACACCGUAUGAGAUAUUGCAUCGGUUCUCUCCUAAUUAUGAUAAUCUUAGAGUCUUUGGGUGCUUGGCAUAUGCGCAUAACCAGAGACGACAUGGAGAUAAAUUUGAGUCAAGAAGCAGAAAGUGUCUUUUUAUUGGUUAUCCAUUUGGGAAAAAGGGAUGGAGCCUUUAUGAUUUGGCCAGUGGAGAAGUGUUUGUGUCGAGAGACGUUGUGUUCGUUGAGAAUACGUUUCCUUUGUUGACUGAGAAAGUAGAAGAAACAUGGAGACAGGAAAUGGAAGAUUUUGAUUGUGUAAUAGCGGGAAAUAGAGAAGCGGAGUUUGUUGGAACAGACAUGACAAGGAACGCAGAAAUUUAUUGUGAUGUCGAAGAAGAGGAUGUUACAACGGGUGAAAAACAAACAGGCUUGUUGGAAAAAGAGACAGAAGUUGUUGUUCUACCUCGAUCUGUUGUUGCAAACGGAGAUGUUGAAUCUCAAAAUCAGUCACAGGAGGAAAGUGUUGGUCUCUCACAUUCUGAUGUUGACAGUGGGAUCGAUGAAGAUGGAGCUGGUCGUAAUGAAAUUUCAGAGGCAGACCCAAAUAUUGCAGAAGCACCUGCAGGAGAACAGAGGAAAAAGGUCAGAAAAUCUACUCGAUCAAAAACUGCUCCUGUCAAGCUAAAAGACUAUGUUUUACGUACGGUGGCUGAGAUCGACAUGAGUGGUGAUGAAAAUGAUUUUUCUAUUCUGAAAUUUGUUGAUAUUAGCGAGUUUUCAGCAAAACACAGAGCAUUUGUUGCAGCAAUCACAAAAUGGAUCGAACUGAAACACUGUGUGUUCGAAUCACAAAAUGGACCAACAUCACUUAGCUCUUUCCGAUGGACCGUUGUUGGCUGA